AUGUCUACUCCUACCAGAAACUUGAAAGACUUUAUUUGUAACAACAUGGAACAUCCAGCAAGUAGCCAAAUGGUUCUUCCAUCACUCAAUCCACCGGGACAUACACCUUGUAAGCUCCCAUCAUUUGCUGAAUUGGCUGCAUCCACUUGUAUGCCUACACGAGUAGGAUUUCCACCGCUUGGUCUUUUUCCUCGUCCAACCCUCAUUAGUCCUAAACCAGGGCUAUUCACUCAUCGUCAACCUGAUUUGGUUUCUCUCUCUAAGCCCGGUUUGGUUCCUAGCUUUGGAAUUCUAUCCACUUCCCGAUCUGAAUUCCCUGCAUCUUCUCACACUGAACUACCUGUUGAAAAGGUAUUAAAACCUGAAGCAUGCACCGAGCCUUUCCGAGUUCAUCGGCCUCAAGCACUUCGCCCAAUUGAACCAUUCCAAAUUCAUCGGCCUCAAGCUCUUCGCCCGAUUGAACCUUUUCAAAUUCGUCGACCUUACGCUCUUCGCCCGGUCAAUCGUAAACCCACUCUUCGCGGCUCUCCACAACCGGUGGUAGACAGUGGUUAUGAGCCAGCUACUGAGCCAGAUACAGCCGCUCAUUCUGAGCAUAAUCCUGUUGGUGUAUCUACCGAGGUACCUAGAGUACCUGUGCCAGACAAGAACCGCAGGGGUAGAAAACCAAAGGCAAAAUCAAAUCCUGAAGCCGUGGCAAAGGCAUCCAAAUCGGCAAUAAAAAAGAAGGUAUCCAAGGCAACUAAAUCUGGUGAGUCAUCCAACACUCCCACGAUUAGGAAGUCAAAGCGUCUAGCGGAAAAGCAAGCUUUCCUUAAGGCCAUCACUGAAGAGGAAGAUAGACAAGCGGCUGCUAUGUCCAUUCGACUGGUACAAGAACGUUCUUCACAAUUUGAAUUGCUGCAACAGGACGCGUCUCUUCAAAAGGCUGAAUCUUCAAAUCAAGUUUCACGUGAUGCUAAUGAUGAGCAUGCGCUCCAUAAGGAUGGUCAGCCCGCUUUUAAGACUUUGAAUAGUGGUAGGAAGAAAAGAGCCGCUGAAACCUCUGUCACCUACAAGGAUUACGGUUUGAAUGAAAUUGAGAAGGAUGCGCCAAGGAAGAAGCGUGAGAAAACCGAUGUUGGCCGCCCGAAGGUAAAGAAAGUCAAAGGAAAGGGCAAGUCCUCGGAUACUCGUCGUGGUGACCCACCCAAGUAA